UUGAGUAUGGUGGUUUGAUGCAAGCAUAGAAAUAUAGAGACACCGAUAUAGUCACAUAUAUGACACAUAAUUAUAUAAUAUAUAGUCUAUCUACUAGUAUAUAUUUAUUUCUGUGGAUGCAUGUUACUUUAAUCUUAUAAGAUGGGUGUAAAGAACGUGGAAGUGGAGGUGCCACCCACUAACCUGGAAGUAGAAUUUAAAAUUCUGCUUACUAGUGGUGCUGUUGAGUUUAUUGCUGCCAUGGCAUCCAAAUUUAAUCCUAAAGUGGAUGAGAUCCUGAGCAACAGAACCAUAAAGAAACUUGGCCUCGAUGAAGGCGAAAAGCUGCCAGAUUUCCCCAUUGAGACACAGUACAUUAGAGAGAUGGAAUGGACUUGUGCACCUCUGCCACCUCGCCUCAGGAAGCGCCAUGUGGACCUCGGGGAUGUUUCACCUGCGAACACGAACCAUUUUGAGAGAUCAUUGCAGUCGAAUGCACAGGGAGUACAGACAGAUUUUGAUGAUGGACACUGCCCUUCUUGGCCCAACCAACUCCUGGGACAUUACAACGUUUAUAGAGCAGUCCAUGGUGAAAUUCCAGGUGUACCAAGUAUUGCUAAUGCCCCCAUUCUCAUGCUGAGACCAAGAGCAUGGAACAUGACAGAACACAACAUACUGGUCGAUGGGAGAAAAAUACCAGGACCACUGUUCGAUUUUGCUCUGCUUACGUACCACAAUGCAAAGCUGCUCUGGGAAUCUGGAAGUGGGCCCUUCUUCUACUUAUCAAAGGUGGAAAGCUAUAUGGAGGCACGUCUGUGGAACGAACUCUUCAUCUGGUCUCAGAGCAAGCUUGGGUUGCCACGUGGCACCAUCAAGGCAACAGUACUCAUUGAGAAUGUAUUGGCUGCGUUUGAGAUGCAUGAGAUUCUGUAUGAGCUGCGCGAACAUUCCGCUGGCCUCAACUGUGGCAUCUGGGACUACUCUGCGUCAUUCAUCAACAAGUUCGGUGGGAGACGGGAGUUCAUCCUGCCUGAUCGCAGCAAGUACGUAAAUAUGCAGAGGCAUUUUCUAAAGUCAUACAUGGACCUUGUUAUCCAAACUUGUCACCAGAGGGGGACACUGGCUACUGGAGGAAUGUCUGCCCUCCUGCUACCAAAAACUGAAGAAAAUACGAAUGGAUACCAUGCAGUGCUGGAGAGGGUUGCGAGGGAAAAGCUGCAAGAGAUAGAGGCUGGUGUAGAUGGCUUCAUGGUGUUUGACCUUGGGCUGAUCCACCCUAUGCAGCAGUUAUUUGCGAGGUUUGCACCAACUGACAACCAGUUACAUGUGAAGCGAGAAAAUGUUAAUGUCACACGGAAAGAUCUACUUGAGAUGCCAUCUGGUGGGGUGACAUUAGAAGGACUGAAGCACAAUGUUUCUGUAGGAAUCUUGUUCAUCGAGGCCUGGCUGAGAGGUAAAGGCCAUUUUUUUUACAAAGGAAGGGUUGAAGACUCCGCAACAGCAGAGAUAUCCCGUUCACAGGUGUGGCAAUGGUUGAGGCACUGCACGACCUUGGAGAACAGUGACAAGGUGGUGAGUCGUCACCUCAUACGAAAGCUGAUAUCAGAAUUUAUCUCAGACACGCUUGCAAACUCCGACUUUCAAGCCAACCCACAGCAGCAGCUCCCUCUAGUGACGGCAGCGACAAUCUUUGAGGAGGUCGUGACACAGCGGUACUUCACGCAAUUCAUAACAACCUAUCUAAGUGAGGCUCACGAGAUGCAAAAACAAAAGAGCUUGCCACACCCCCUGGUGAGCAAGCUAUGAACCUACCACUGCAGUAGGUUAUCUGCUAAUGAAGUUGCAAGGUUCUAUGUUUAUUUUCCAGAUUCAUUCAGAUUAGAUUUCUAGGUUUUUAGCUCAGCUGACGAAGUCAGAUGCAGCUUGUAGAAUCGCAUGAAUGUCCGUCCGUGCGUGCAUGCG